AUGGACAAGCCAAGUUCAGUGCAGAUCACAUUUGAAGAGGGUCCUCAGUUACCACCAGCCGCAAAUAUAAAUUGUGUGACGUGCAAGGGCCAGUCAGACCACGGUAUGGUGCUGUGCUGCCAUCUGUCAGCUGAAGCUGUGAAAUUCCCCGUCUCUGUUACUCAGCAGUCCCCAGUUGCUGUUUCUGUGGACACCUAUUAUGUCACUUUGGCUGUAAUGCAGGCUCAGGUGGAGAUCCAUUUGGAGGAGAUAGAGAAUGAAGGUCUCCUGGUGUCAUGGACAUUCAAGAACAGACCAGACUUGGACCUUUUGGUUCUUCCAAGACUUCAGCUUCCUGAGGAUGAAGGGAGAGCGGAUCUGUCCACGAUAAGGGAUCUGAUCGAGGAUACCAUUGUCAGCACGCAGCCAGCCAUGACAGUGAACCUGAUGGCUUGCACCACUGGAGCCAGUGCGGUACCCAGCAAUAAGUUGAUUCGAGAGUCCCCGUCCGGAGUAGCAGCAGCCCCUCUGGGUUCUAAGCUGUUGCUCCGGAAUCUUCGAGUGCUGAACUUGGGCUGCCAGGGGAAGGGAGGAGUUGGGGAGAUAUGCUGUGUAGCAGAGCUAGACAGCCCCCCGCAGCAGAAGUGGACAAGGCCGAUGACAGCUGGCAGUGCCAGUGCUGCAGGAGAGAUGGAGUGGAAUGAGGAGCUCUUUCUGGAGUUGGGGCCUAAAAGCAAAGAGCUGAAGCUACGGGUGCUGGGGAAUAGCGACAGAAUGGGAAAUGUGCUGCUGGCACAUGCCACACUUUGGAUUGAUUCUUUGGGCAAACAACCAUCUGGAAGACACGUCUGCUCACUGGCCCCAGGACCUGGGCAGUCACUGACAGCUGAAGCUACCAUUACAUUGGAGCUGCUAUUCCAGGAGUCUCCUGCAUCUUUGAAUGCUCAGCACACCACAUCUCUGAGAACCAGCAUCACCCCCACUAAGAAGGUGGAGAUGGACCGGACCAUCAUGCCCGAUGGCACCAUCGUGACUACUGUCACCACGAUUCAGUCCCGGCCCAAGGCAGACUGCAAACUGGAUUCACCAUCGAGGUCGCCUUCUAAGGUGGAAGUGACUGAAAAGAAGACAACAGUGCUUUUGGAGACUGGCUGUCCUCAUGGCCCCUUGCCCAGCAGUAGCCGGGAUGGCCAUAUGCCCAAUGGUUUGGAUCCAGUGGCUGAGACGGCGAUCAGGCAGCUAACUGAGACAAAUAACAAGACCACCAAGAAGACACCAACAAAACGUAGCACACUGAUCAUCUCAGGAGUUUCCAAGGUACCUAUUGCUCAAGAUGAAAUGGCACUUUCUCUGGGUUAUGCUGCAUCCCUGGAGCCCACAGCGUUUGGGGACUCUGCAGCAGAGAGCACAGCUGACCAGAUGCACGAUUCUACCGAAUCGUCACAGCCGCUGGAAGCGUCACUGCUCAGACAACGGGCCAGUCAGGAGCUGGAUGAGACAACACGUUCAGACAUCUCUGAAAGACCAUCAGUGGAAGAUGUUGAGUCUGAAACUGGCUCCACGGGAGCCCUUGAGACCAGGAGCUUGAAAGAUCACAAAGUUAGCUUUCUUCGGAGUGGUACCAAGCUCAUCUUCCGGAGAAGGAGCAAGCAGAAGGAAGCGGGCCUGAGCCAGUCACACGAUGACUUGUCUAAUGUCGCUGCCAACUCUGUCGCCAGGAAGAAAGCUGGUAGCUUCUCUCAUCGCCUCAUCAAGCGCUUCUCCUUCAAGUCUAAAUCCAAACCCAAAGGUAGUGACAGCACAUCAGCUGGUGAGAACUGAAGGAGGGAGAAGCCUAUUGGAAAGAUUUCUCAGAGAUCAUUUUAUAGUCUCUUGUCUUCCCGCUCCAUGGUAUCUGUGACCUGCAGUCCAGUUCUUUCCAACCUUGGCUGAGGGAAGACACCCCAAUGCUUUACACCAUCUGGGGAGUGGAGGUGGCAAACCUGGGACUUAGGCUGCUCGUCUGCCUUGGCUUAGCCUUCUCUGAUUGUUGUACCCCACUGUGCUCUCCCAGAAAAUCCAGGUGUCAUGCUAAUCCCCCUGGGGGUCCCAGGAGCUGCAGACGUGACUCCACCUGUGUAGCCAUCUGGCAUCAUGAGCUGCCUCUUGGAAAUGGGAGGCAGGUCUCUCAAGUGGCAACCUUCAGUGUUAUAGAUCAAGAAACUGCUGGGUGAGCUACAUGACUGAGAAGUGUGGGAUGUAGCCUCGCUCAGCUCUUUUAACGAGAGAGAAUGAUGCGGUCACUGAUGAUCUAAACGCUCUUAUUGCUUGUCCUUGGUGCAGAAGCUGUAACCUGAGGUGUGCUCGGGGCCAUGUAUUCCUGGGCUGUGAGCUGGCAGCAGAACAAGCUGUGGUUCUCCACCUGGGAACCAUCCUUGGAACAGUCCCUGGUUCGGACAGCACUGAGGGACCCCUGCUUUCUGUGCUAUGCUGGUGAAGGAAGGAGUCUCUAAGAAGAAGAAAGUUUUAACCACUGCACAAGUUCUUGUAGAAGCCUGGGCCCUUGCAAGAAUGCCUGGUCAGUGCUGUCAGUUCUGCCACCCUGUGCAUUCACCCUGUGAUGCAGCCCUCCUUCCACAGCCAUGUUCUUGAACAGCGAAGGGGCCGUGCUGCAUGUACGCACCAGCUGUCCUAUGAGCAGAUCCCUUACCCUUGAGGGUGGUUGGGGACGUUGCCAAAGGGGUGCCAGCCUGUCUUCUGGGUCUGUGGAGGGCCCGGCCUCGUGCACUCUCGUGGUUCUCGUGCCAAGGACUGGCACCAUGCUGGGAAUGGAUGGCAAGGAAUAUGGCAAGAAGUGUGGUGAAAGGGCAGUCUGAUGGGGAGCCUGAGGGCACGUGGUAGAAAGAGACAAGACUUUACAUGUUUUCACUGAUGAAAGGGUUUCCUGUAAUAGAAGGAAUCUUUCUUGAUUGCGUUUGGUAUUUCCUUUCUUCUAGCAAACCCAAUCCACUGCUUUCAAACAGAGGGGGCAUUUCUGCAGUGGUAUUUGCAGAGGGAGGGGCAUGCAGGGGAAAAUUGACUCCUUACGUGGGAGGAGACCUCCCUUCUAGAUGAAUGGUUGACUGGUCUCCUGACCCGUGCACAUUGUGAAUAUAAUGUCCCCAGAGGCUCCCUUUGAAGAGCGUAACAAUGCUCUUUGGAGAAACACCCAUGCCCCUGCCAGCAUGCCUAGUUUGAGUGGAAGCUCCUGUUCUCCUGUGGGUUGUAAGGUUAAGGAAGUGGAACAGAGGGGAGGAAACAACUCACGGAAGGUCCGUUGCCUAGGCCUGGCUGGAUUUGCCAGCUUUGCUCCCCUGUCUCAGUACCUCCUGAGGUAAUGGCUAUCACCCUGCCCAGUGCAGGAUGCUACCAACUGAAAAAGUAGUUCUCUUGAUGGCGUGCAUAAAAUGUGUUGUGUUCUUUGGAAGGACAAAUCCUUACUCAUACUGCUGCCGUGUGCCAUUUCCAAAGACUGGAAUGUCUCUGGAUAUUGCACUGUGAAAGGAUUUACAGGUGGGAGCCUCAGGGUGUCUCUUGGGUGUUUGUGCAGGUAGGGAAGGCCAUAGUCACCUGGGGCUUGAAUUGAAAGUGCCAGUGUGUACCAGCAGGAGGAGGGACUCCUUGUUUUUCCUGCUGAUUCCCCAUGUGAUUGGGCAUGUGUGAAAAAUAAGAUUGGUCCAGCUGGCUGACCAGGAACCUCUUCAUUUGGUUUGGUGCCGGAGUCUUUGUCAUCCUCAAGCUCUGCCAUGUCUUCUAUCCAUUGUUUCUUUCCUUGUCCACGUGGUACUGUGGCUUUGUUUGCAGUUCCGUGCACUAUGGGUGUUGGAGAAGUCUCUGUUUCUCUCUGAAGAUCAUUUUCCUCAAAGCAAGUGACCAGUUCAUGCUCUGGUGCUGGUGGAACCUGGCAAUCUGUGGCUCUCAUGUAUGGAUCCAGCCACCAAUUGGACGUGGCCUUCCUUUGCUUGGGUUGGUGGUGUCACACAUGGUGCUGUCCUUCCCCAGCAUGCCCUUUCUCCCAGAGUCCUGUGGUUUGGUUCCAGUUUGGCAUUCUCUCUUGCACCUUCCCCUCUAUGAGUUGUAGCUGUGAAAGUAUUUGAUGCUUGAUUUUUGGUUUUUAUUUAUUCUUUUUAGUACCAUGUCAGGUGAGAGUGCUGGCUGAACCCAGACAGCAGUGCUUCUCUAGUGGGAUGACUGGGAAGCCUUGCAGUGGAAACACUGGUUUGAGCGGAAGGGAACUUGCAGAAGAGCCAGCAGCUCAUCAGUUGUGGGUUAAUCACAGGACUUGCCACAAGUCUGUUCUUUAAACUUCAAGAGCAGCUCAAGCUGUUGUGGUGAGGAGCAGCUGGAGGUGAACACCGAGGAUGAUUGGGCUUCUGAAUCAGGGAUCUGGGGCUCAUGUACACUAGGAGGGUUAUGAGGACUGGCCAGCGUUGUUGCUGUGGACUGGAGGCAGAAAAGGUGAGAUUUAUGUCUGACAAACAUGUACCCAGAGUCUUGACCAGCAUGUUUUGGUCUGACUCAGAGGAAGAAGUGAUAGGAAAGGGAGUAAAACUGAAACUUGAGUUCCUCACUGACCUUGGGGACCUUUCUAGCUGUGUUAAAUGGGAAUUCCUGCCAUGUGUCUGUGAGCUUUCCUGUAUUUGUUCCUGAUUGGCUCCAGGCUAUGCCUCCUGUUCACAGUGGAGGUACUGGUUUUGAUUUUGAGCUUUGGUGUGGCAAAGAUUCCUGCACUGUGGUCAGCAGAAUGAAUGGCAGAUGGGAAGCAUGAUGGUAGGGGCACAUCUUCCCUUGAAUUUUUAGCAAUUUUUUUAUCACAGGCAGUAAAGUGCACUGUAAAUUUGUAUCUGGUUAGACAGCUUGCAAAAGAAAGGGGUAUUUUCAAGUGCUGACAGAGCACAUCCCCAAACAUUAAGUCCUGCAUCUGCUUGUGUUUCCUAGUGGAGAUGUAUUUUCUGCCAUUUUGUUUCUUAUCAAAGUCAUACUGAUAUAUUGUAACCUUUUAUAUUCUUUUAUAUGCUCCUAGUAAGUGCAGAUUGGUUUUCAAGGUGUUUGGCUAAACUGCUGUUUGAGCUACAAAGGAAUGAGGGGGAAAGGGCUCAUCUGUGUGUAUUGGAAGUUUUUUAGUUCUGAUUAACACGUUGAUUCUUCCUCAUCAUAUGUGUAUAUGGCUUCCUUUCUCCUUUGCAGAAACGUUUUGAUCCCCCAAGCAGUAGGUGCUGAUUUUGUUAGUCCCAACUAUGUGAGCUUCCCAAAGGUGUGAGCAGUAACAAGUCCGCCUCAUGGGGCAGGUGUGGUUAUUGGUGUGAGAAACAAUUCCUCUAUCCUAGUCUUCUCAGAAGGAAAGGGAAGGUCACACGGGGUUUUGGCCUCCAGAAGCUGUAAAGACUGAGUCCCUGGAAAUUUUCCCCCAUAGAAUGGCUGCUUAAAGAAACCUCUUUUGUGUUUAAUUCCUACCAGUGCUUCUGGCUUUAGGACAGAAGAAGUGGUAUUUGAAAUCUGAUUUCCCUGUUUAACUUCUUCCAGAUACCCAUGCCCUCACCUUGGUGCUGCUGCAGGGUCUGUGGCAUUUCAUAAUGCUGGGACCACAGAGCAGCCCCAGGGAGUGGCGAGGCUGCUGUCGAACUUUAUAAGCUUGAAUAAUCUGCAGUUGGCAGAUUGUUGUCUCAGGGUAGGCUCAAUAUUUGCACCUUGUGAAAUAGGUCCUUGACUAAAUAUGUGAUGGAAGAAGAGGAGCAGAGCGGUGGCAUGAAUGCAUGGAGAGUUCUGAAGGAGUUCAACCUGCUGAUGGGGGCCUGCAUUCCAAAUGCUGUGCUUCACUGUCAGAUACACAAGCACGAACAGUGACUGGUAAAUGAAGCCAAAGUAGCCAUUUUGGUUUUUUUUGUUUGUGAGGGGUAUGUUGUUUGGUUGGUUGUUGUUUGGUUGGUUUUGGUUUUGUUGUUUGUUUUGGUUUCAUUUUGUUGAGGGUUUGGGUUUGUGUUUUUGUUUUUGGUUGUUUUUUUUUUUUUUUUAAUUUUGGCUGAACAGAAUUACUAGAAUUUACUUAUGUUGUGUAGUUUUACUGCUCUGAAGAAAAUAGAUUUGCUCUAGCUGCAAGUAUGCUUGUAAGUGUAUUUCUCUCUGGAUACACCCUCUCCCUAUGCUUUGGUAAGGCUUUUUAAGAGCCUCCUUAUCAAAAAAAAGCCCUUGAUGUUGGCCCACUAAGGCUGUGUUUGAGUCAGGCACAGGAAGAAAUGAAGGGAACUACACAACCUCAGUGUUCUGAGGGCGCUGUAGGCUUUGGCACGAUGGAUGUCUGACUGAGGCCAAAGGGAUUGUGUGUUUGCACAUGGUUAUAAUUAGAGCACACUCUGCAAACACCUGUACUGGGAAUGCUGCAAAGGGGCUGGGGAUGACAGCACCGAGUGGUGGGUCGGGAAAGCCUUCUGUGCCAUUUGUAUCCAUUUCUUGCACAGACCUGAGCGAGUCCAACUCCUGCUCCUGCGAACACCCUUGUGUUGUUUAUGUAGUUGAGGACAGGUUUUUAGGUAGAUUGGCUGAAGUGGGGAAGAGCAAGGGAAGACUACUCGGGUGGAAAACCGGUUCAGUGGAGGGGAACUUAAUGAGAACUUCUCCAAACCAUGAAAGAACAACACGGGCAUGUGCUAUUUCUAGACUAGAACUGGGCACAUGGCAAAGUUUAAUCUUAAAAAUGUUUUUGUUAUGUGUUUUUUUGUCUCUGGCGGUGCAAUUUCCUUCCCGCAGCGGCUUCUCUUGGCUCAUUUUUUGCUAAACCUACAGAGAGGUAAUUUCUGGGUAGCUGGGGAGACUCUUGAAUGUUGGGAGGCUGCUGUUUCUGUUGUUUUGGUCUUUUGCAUUGUUCUCUCCAUCUGACCUCCCCCACUGCAAGGUCAUGGUGAGUCUCAUGGUAGAGUAACAAUCCCGCUGGUGUUCAAACUUCUGGCAAAGGUCUUUGUGUACUUGUGAUAUUGCAGCUCCUUCUUACAGGCAUGACUACUCCACACCACCUUUCCUUGCUUGUAAGGUACUGGACCAAAUACCCACACGGAAUUUGAAUUAGUGCCCCUCCUUGUGUGUUCUCUUUUGUACUUUGAUGCCUUCUCUCUGGGUGGAUUAUUUUAACCCCAGAUUGUUUGGGGGAAAAGAAUUGGAACUGUGUAGCUAUUAAAGAGAGGAGAAUAAAACUACUUAUGACUAAAUGAAGUUCUUGCACCUUUGUAAAUCUUGAAGAAGUCUAUUGCUGUGUAAUGGCUGAAUCUGUUAACUUAUUAAACCAUAUGGAAAUCAAAA